UCUGUGGUGCAGAAGUUUUAGCUAUGAGUUGAAGAAGGGGCGUGAUAUUGCCAGACAGACGCAUUAUUUUACUGCAUCAUUGUAUCUUUAUGCCUUUUACAAAGAAUGAUGUCAUAAGAGCCAUUGAAGUUCUGGAAUGGUUGGCAGAAGAGCUCAGGACCCCUGCUGAUGCCCACCACAGGCUGGCAGUGGUGUCCAUGCUGAGGGUGCUCAAGACACAGCUGUUCAGUGCUCUGGUGGACAUCUAUGAGGACUAUGAAGGGACAAUCCAGGAGGCAGCUCCUCCACCUCCACCCCCAAAUCUGGAAGAAAUUUUUGGUAUGUUGAAAAUUCAGCCAAGGGUACGACAGGAUCAUGGGCAGUCUAUUUCAUUAGAAGGUAGUGUUACCUCUCCUGCUCAGAGCCACAGGGAUGUGGGCGUGUCUCCAUUCAGUACACCCCCAGGGAGUGUGUCUGAGUUCUUCCAACCUACAAUUGAUGUGCUGCCUCCACAGGACCAGGAGGUGCACUUAACAUUACAAACCCCAAGACCUGCAAUAAGUGACUCCCAUGAUAGUGGGCAUGUAUAUGGACACUCCCAUACUAGUGUAGCAAACAAAAGACAAAAUGGGCAUUCAAGAGCAAACACUUUGAAUUCAGCCACCUUGCCACACCCUGGACAGCAGAGCAGUGUCCACCAAGAGUUUGGUAGUCCAUUUGGGGCCAGGGUUUUGGACGCUGCAACUAGUUUGCCUGAUAUCUCUAUGAACAGAAAUGGACACAGUCAUAUGGAUUCUCCUGUACUUUCCAUGGGUCACAGGAGUACCAAAAAGUCGCACACAAGAUCUGGGUCAAGAUCAAGCAAUACUCACAGUGACCAUGACAGUAGACUUUCCAGUGAAGACUAUGUUACACAUGAUGAUGCUACAGUUUACUUCAAGGAUGAAGAUUACUAUUCGUCUGACAAUCAUCUGGAUGGCAGUUAUGAUGGAGACAUUAGAAAGGUAACUUGGAACAAGGCUAAUGUUGGAUUUAGUGCCCAUGCUGCUAGUGGUAGUGAUCCUGUCAACUCUGUCAUUCCUGAAGAUCGACGUCUGCGAUGGGAAGAUUACAGAGAUCUGGGUGCUCAGGUUUCUGGGGGUGAAUCAGUUGGCAUCCUGAAUCGGUUGUUGGCCUCCUCUGCCACUGAACUUGCCAGCCCCACAGAUGUCAAGACAGGCAGCACUCAGAGUACACAGAAACAUGCCAGAGAGGAAAGACAAGAGGAUGAAGGAUUCUAUUCUCCAAGUCAUCGUUCUAAAGAUCAUUCCAGGAGCAAGAUGUAUCUCCCCUCAGAGCCAAGAAUGGUUGAGUUGUUUAAGGGUGAUCAGGGGUUUGGGUUCAGUCUUGUAGGCUCCACAGAGACAGGGUCCUAUGUCACUGGCAUCCUGCCAGGUGGGCCCUGUGAUGGCGUCCUGUACAGAGGAGACCAGAUUAUUAUGGUCAAUAAUAUGAAGAUAGACCGAAUGUCCUAUGUGAAGACUGCACAACUUUUCAAGUCCAUUCCUGCAGCAUCUUCAGUAAUGUUGAUGGUAAAACACAAUAGAAAAGGUUUGGAGGAGUUGGAAGCUGUCCUUUCUGAUUGACCUUCCUAUCACCGCACUAAGUCUUCCACAGAUUUCCAUGACAGAAAGCUCAUCUGAAGUAAUAACCAGAGGAUGCCUUGUUUACUGAUGCCAUUUGAUAAAAGAAGUACUAAAUUUUGCUUUGUUUAUUAUUAUUAUUUUGUUUUUUGGAAAAGUUAUUUUUGAGGGGGUUUAUGUUUAGGUGAAUACCUUUGUGCAACUCUACUUUUUGGGUUGUUUGUUUACAAUGUUUGCUUACCUAAGUGCUUUUGCAUGCGCAUUUUGCAAGGUACGAUUGUAUGUAAUGGAGGUUCUAUUUCUUUGAUGGGACAGCUUUCAGAACUGUCUGAUGCUUUUACUCACUUAUUAAGGAGUCCCCUCAUUUUUGGACUUGGAAUUUUUACAUGUUGUUUAAUAUUAUAUUAUAUAGGGUUAAAAAUUAGAACCUGUGCAAAGUAACUCUGUACAUAAAUCACGAAAAGAUUUAUUCUGUAUGUGAUCACUGUUUCCAUCUUUAUUUACUUGUGAUUUUUAUCAGAGGUGUCUUCGUUGUAUUGCACUAAUUUGUAGUGGUAAUAUCAUUUCAUUAAUGAAGUAUAGGCCUUGCAAUAAGAUUUACUAUAAUUUCACCAGUGGCUUAAAAUUAUUUUACUGGGGUGGAAAAAGUGUUACUUAUUAUAAAAUACUCCUUCAAUCCCAAUUCAAUUUAUACAUCAGUUUGGUUUUUUAUGAUGGUAUUAAAUUUUAACAGCCUUGUCUUUCUUCAGUUUGGUAUUUGACACCACUCUCCUUAUAUCUGUAUAUCAUAUUAGUUUUAUUUCUUCAUUUUUAACUAAUUCUAAUAAUGAAUCUAUCAUAUAUUAUUGAAUUUAGUUAUUAUUAAUUGCAUUCCAAAUACAUGAAAUAGCCAUGUUUAUGUUGAUAUUUUAUAACAAGUAAAAUCAGAUUUUACAUUUAUUGUAUACUUCAUUCAAAUUGUAUGAAAUUCAGGUAUAUUUUGAUUGAAUUAUGGUGGCAUUCCAUUAUAACUUUUGCCAAUCAGUUAAAUCCAUUGAAGGGGAAUGCUUACACCAGAAAUAAUAUUUGUUAAGGUUUUUAUUAUUGUGAUCAGUGUUAUGUAAAAAGAGGGGAUUGCAUGUUUUUGUUUAGGUAUAAGAUAUUAUUGGGAUUUAUUUUUGUUUAAUUAAGUGUUCUGCCUUAAAGUGUACAAAUGAAACAAUCAUCAUUUAUAUUGUGCAUUAGGCUUUCUCAUCCCCUGGUUCUUUAGAAACAAAACAGAGAACUUGAGAUCCAAUAUCACCUGAAAUUGACUCAACUGUCAUAUAUUCUAGCUGUCACCGGCACAAGACAGUUGAAGAUCAGUAAUUACAGCAAGUCAUUUAGCACUAUAAUAGUUUGCAACCACGGGUUAAUCAUCUGUGUUGUUUGCAGAGGAAUUACAAAGGUUGUUUUUCUGAUUACAAUAAAUAAGGUAUCCCCAACAAUUUAACAUACAAGUCCUAGGUUUAAAUUUGAACACAAGAUGAACAGCCAGUAUCAUGGUGAAGCCUAUCAGAAGUGUGGGUUUUUCUCGUCACUGUGAAUGCUAGGAAGAUGUAAAUGAUUACUUUAUGAUACUAGAUGUUCAGGCCAGAUAUUCACUUUGUAUUGUAACCAAAACAGCUCAUUUUGUGUUAUUAUUUUUACUGGGUAGAGGGAUUUAAAAAAAACAUUUCCUUUUUUAAAAUCAUUUUACACUUUAUACAUGCCAUCUGUUCUUGUUCAACAUGAUUCUUGUGCAUCCAAGCAAUAUUGAUUCCAUCUUUAUAUUAUUUUACUUUAGUUUGUAGGAUGUUUAUGCUUGAUUUGUUGAUUUUUGUCAAUAUUUAUUAUCAAGUUAGUUUAUGAGCAAUAAGGAGCAAAUAAUAAUGUUAUUAUUAAAUUGAUUUAAAAUUUAUUUCAAAACUAUUGUUAUACAUAUUAGUUUUUGCUGUUAUUAUGUUUUAAAGAUGAAUAAUGUAGCACGUUGGAUACAAAACAAAUGGUGUUAUGUGGAAAUUUUGCAGAUCUGACCUGUUAUCAUUUACAAAACUACUGCAAAUAUUAUGGUUCAAUUCUUUAUUAUUAUUGUAGUCAAAUCAAAACCCUGAAAAUGAUUGAGUGAUCAUGUCAGGUUUUCACAUGUUAAUACUCAAAGACUUGUAUUGUCAAGAACCAUUGACACUAAUAUUAUACGCAAAGUAGCACACUUGAUUCCCAAACAAGUAAAACGCCACUGGUUUAGGGUUCUUUUUCAGAUAUGGCUAAUUUAUUUAAUUACAGAUGUUAAGUAGUAGCAUUUAUAAAACCUACCAUAUGCAAUUAUUACGAAUACUAAAUUUAAAGAUGGUUUUCUUAUGCUUUCAAAACUCACUGCUGUUAGACAUAAUAUGGUAAGCUUUUUUAGAUUAAAUUGAGUUUGAAUUGUUUGGGGAAAGAUAGUUUAGCUAUUAUCAAUGUUAGUUGAUUGUGAUACUUAUAACAUAUCAAAUGCAAACUGAUAGCAAUAAAAUGUUAGCAAUAUUAU